AUCCCGCGCGCUUGUGUGUGUACUUAACCUGUUAGACGGCGUAGGCGCUAAUUUCAGUAGUGGUUCGAUCGUCACCAGAUCACCGUCAAACCGAAUCAUGCAGUCGUUCAGGAUGGAGUUUGUGGACUUUAAAAUAAUGUUUAUUAUCGCUUUGUCCCUGAUGGGAUUGGUUGUUAAUUCGAAAGAAACUUCCGAAUUCAAAUUACCAACUAAUUUUAAGCCUGUCAGUUAUCGACUGGAUGUGACCACCCACUUGGAUGAUCAAUUCAUGUUUGAAGGAGUAGUUGACAUUAAAAUGACCUGCGAAGAAACUACCGAUACCAUAGUAUUGCAUUCGAACAGUUUAGACAUCGAUACUAAGAGUGUUGUGGUAGCUAACAGCGGCGAAAAUGUCGUCCCAGUGGGUAGUGUUUCGUUUGAUCCAAAGAAAGAACUUAUGUAUGUCAAAUCAACAGUAAACUUUAAACCUGGUGACGAAUACGUGCUGACUAUACCAUUCAUGGGAAAUAUCACCGACGAUUUAGUUGGUUACUACAAAAGUAGCUACGUGGAUAAAGAAAACAAUCAAACGAGGUGGCUAGCGGUAACACAAUUCGAACCAGCGGACGCCAGAAGAGCUUUUCCCUGUUUUGACGAGCCUGCGUAUAAAGCAACAUUUAAGAUAAGAUUAGGUCAUAAAAAAGGAUACACUUCGAUUAGUAAUAUGAAAAUGAUGAAACAAACGCCCAUCCCUUCGAAACCAGAUUAUGUUUUCGAUGAAUUUGAAGAAUCUGUACCGAUGUCUACUUAUUUAGUAGCAUAUAUGGUGUCUGAUUUUGCAUAUAUUGAAUCGGACAGUCGGGACGACGAAGUGAAGUUCCGCAUAAUAGCCAGGAAAGACGCAGCCGAUCAAACAGAGCUUGCCAAAAACGCUGGACCGUUAGUGUUGAAGUACUACGAAGAUUAUUUUGAUGAAAAAUUCCCGCUGUCGAAACAAGACAUGGUAGCCAUACCUGAUUUUUCUGCUGGCGCUAUGGAGAAUUGGGGUCUCGUAACUUACAGAGAAACUGCAUUGUUAAUUGAUCCGGACGUAGCUACGAUUGAUAACGUACACAGAGUAGCUGAAGUUAUCGCUCACGAACUUGCUCAUCAAUGGUUUGGUAAUCUCGUUACUAUGAAAUGGUGGACCGAUCUUUGGUUAAAUGAAGGCUUUGCCACAUAUGUGGCAGCACGUGGAGUUGAUUUCUUAUACCCCGAAUGGAACUCAUUCCAAAUCGAAACCGUUCAAAACUUUUUACGUGUUUUGGAUCUUGAUUCGCUUCAAUCGUCCCAUCCCGUAUCGGUAGCCGUUGGACAUCCCGAUGAAAUAGCACAAAUUUUCGACACGAUUUCGUACACGAAGGGUUCAUUUUUAUUGCAUAUGAUGAACACGUUCUUAGGCGAGGAUACAUUCAAACAAGGCAUAAGAAACUACAUAAACAAACAUAAGUUUUCCAACGCUGAACAAGAUGAUUUGUGGAAUUCAUUGACCGAGGAAGCUUACCGUCAAGGAACUUUGGACAAAAAUCUAACCGUGAAACUGAUAAUGGACACAUGGACGUUGCAAACCGGUUAUCCCGUAUUGAAAGUCGUCCGGGAUUACUCUGCGGACACGGUUACAUUAUCACAGGAACGUUUCCUAACGAUCAAAUCAAACGGUACGGACAAGAAAAGCUGUUGGUGGAUACCACUCACUAUGACGACUUCUACGGAGGCCGACUUUAACCAGACGAAAGCAAAAUCUUGGUUGAAUUGUGAAAACAACAACCUCACCUUACCAUUGGCUAAAGAUAACGAUUGGGUCAUAUAUAACAUGCAGAUGGCCGGUUUAUACAGGGUUUUGUAUGACACUCGAAAUUGGAUGGGUAUCGUUUCUACGUUGAACGAUCCGAACAAAUACAAAACUAUAAACACGUUAAAUCGAGUACAAUUGAUCGACGAUUCAUUUAGCUUUUCACAGAUUGGUGAUUUGGAUUACGGAAUCACGUUCCAACUAUUAAAAUAUUUAAAACACGAAAAAGAGUAUACACCGUGGAUGGCUGCUUUGGACGGUUUCGGCCCGAUAAAUAAAUUAAUGAAAAGGACUCCGAACCAAGGAGUGUUCCAAAACUAUAUGCAACGUAUGCUGUCGUCUGUGUACAGCGAAUUUCGAGAUAUGACCGUCGAACUUAAUGGUUUUGAAGAAAUACGUUUUAAGAACCUUGUGACUGCUGAAGCCUGCCGUCACCGAAUUAAGGACUGCACCGAACAAGCUCUCGAUUUGUUUAGCAAGUGGAUGAAAACAACUGAUCCAGAUAAAAAUAAUAUAUUGCCUAGAGAACUGAAACCUAUAAUUUACUGUCAAGCGAUAAAAUACGGAGGUGUAGACGAAUGGGACUUUUUAUGGGAACGUUAUCAACGUUCCAAUGUGGGAUCUGAAAAAGCGAAAUUACUUUCAGCAUUAGGAUGCAGUUCAGAAACUUGGUUACUUAACAGAUAUUUAAAUUGGUCACUUAAUAAUUCUAUUAUUCGCAAGCAAGACGCAAUCACAGUUUUCUAUUCUGUAGCAAGUAGUGACAUUGGAUUUUAUGUGGCAAAAGACUUUUUGUAUCGCAAAAUUUCGGAUAUAUCUGAAUACUUCCAGCCUCGAGGCGACCGCGUAGGUAGAUACGUAAAAGUUAUAGGAUCUCAAAUGAAAACUAAAGAAGAAUUAGACGAGAUUCAAUCAUUUAUCAAUAAAUCAACAGCUUAUUUAAAAGGAGCUGAUUUAACUAUCAAUCAGACAAUUGAGACUGUUAAGAUAAACACCGAAUGGACUACGAAAUUUUAUCAUAAAAUUAUAAACCACAUGGUAUAAUAAUUAACAAUGUUACGAGCAAGCUUGAUAAAAGUUUGAUUUUAAUUAAAAACUAUUCAGUUUUCGGCUGCUUCGAUGAAAAAGCUAUACAACCUAUAAAUAUAUAUACCUAUACAAGAUGCAUUAAAUUAUACACAUUUUUAGCUAUAUCUUGUUUCAUAAUAUGGCGUAGUUACAACUUUUAACUUGUAUUACAAGAUUAAAAUUUCGGAUUAGGAUUAUGUAUUGUAAAUCUGAAUUAAAUUUAACUCGUCAUAUUUAAUCUUCGUCAAAUAUAUUUAUAUAUUUU